ACGCCGCCACCUCCGCCGCCCCACUUCAGGUCUCGGCUCCUGUCCCGGCACUUCUCUGUCUCUGUCUUCCCGGUGUUCCCUCUCCCACGGCCAUUCCUCCUGCCAGCUCUUCUCCUGGCCGGUCCAGCCGCAAGCUACAGGCAGAGCUGGGAUUGGAGCCCAGGUCCUUCUGCACCUCCCAGGUUGACACUGCGAGGUGGAGGAUGGAGAACGUCACGUCGAGUCCGCUCACUUCUAAGACCCUCACGGCCACAGAGGAACCCCUCGCCGAGGACUCGGACGCCAUCACCUUCCCCCUCCAGGUCUUCAGCAUGAUCAUCUACUCCUCGGCCUUCCUCGUAGGCACGGUCGGCAACGGGCUGGUCAUCUGGGUGGCCGGCUUCCGCAUGACCCGCACGGUCACCACCAUCUUGUUCCUCAACCUGGCCGUAGCCGACUUCAUCUUCUGCCUCUUCCUGCCCAUCAGUGUGACCCAAGUGGCCCUGGACUUCCACUGGCCCUUCGGCUGGCUGGGCUGCAAAUUCUUCACCACCCUUGCCGUCUUCAACCUCUUCGCCAGCGUCUUCCUGCUGACCCUCAUCUCCAUUGACCGCUGCGUCUCCAUCCUGCGGCCCAUCUGGGCCCGGAACCACCGCACCCCGAGGCGGGCGGCCCUGGGGGCCGGGGGCAUCUGGCUCCUGGCCCUGGUCCUCUGCAUCCCGACGCUGCUCUACAGGGACACAGAGAUGUAUGAAAAUGGCUACGUGUCCUGCUUUUUAAAUUUCGACCCCUGGAAUGAGACCGCCGAGGACCCCGAGCUCUUCACGGUGACGGAGGCCCAGAGGUACAAGGCCCAAGUGGCCAUCCGCUUCGUGUUCGGCUUCGCGAUCCCUCUGGUCGUCAUCUGCAGCUGCUACGGCCUGAUCGCGGCCCGGCUCCAGGACAGGCAGGCGAUGCGCUCCAGACGACCCUUCCGCGUGCUGGCCGCCGUGGUGGCCGCCUUCUUCUUCUGCUGGUUGCCCUUCCACAUCGUGUCCUUCAUGGAGCUCGUUGUUAUCCUGAACCAGUUGGAGGACCUGGGCACCUGGGUGAUACUCCUGGGUUCUCUCAGCACUAGCCUGGCCUACGUCAACAGCUGCCUGAACCCCAUUCUUUACGUCUUCAUGGGCCGGGACUUCCGAGAGCGGCUGCUCCGGUCCCUGCCCGCCUCCCUGGAGCGCGCCCUCGCGGAAGAGUCGGCCGACUCUGACUUCAAGGGGAGCAACUUUGUGUCCACUCCCCAGGACACCGAGUCCCAGGAGGUGUGAGAUCCUCUCCCGGCCCACCACAAGCAGUGUGGCCUAGUGGAUAGAGCAUGGGCUUGGGAGU